AAUGUAAACGUAAUGCAUUUAUUGGUCUGUGGAAUAAAUGCUAAGAUAAAUAAGUUGCACUAAACAAUAAGACAUUUAUGUGACAUAAGGAAAUAGAUGUAUUUCAAAAUAAAAGUCAUUCAGAAAAUAAUUUACUUUUUAUUGAAAGUAGCCAAAAUCAAGGAAGCAUUCACAAUAUUUCCCUAUAAAAUAUUAAAUUAAUUUUACUAAGUAAAAGCUCCUUGAAUUAAAUACGUGUAGGAUUUCAAAAUAAGUCAUGCUAUAUAAAUAAUUAAUCACUUUAAUGAUGAUUAAUGUGAUCAUUAAUCAUCAAACCAAGCCAAACGUGAAUGUGUGAUUACAAAAUAAAAGCACUCCAUAACAAAUUACGUUUCCUAAGUGAUAUAAUUUCAUCUAAUAAAUUAAAAAAUGUACAUUUUAGAUAUAAAAUAACAAAUAGCAUCAAUCAAGAUGACCUAAAAUAAAAUACAAAUUCUUACAAAGUAAAUAAAAAAUGCAUCUAAAUUCACAGCAGAGACAAAACAGUCAACUGCUGGAGCCCUAGAGGAGGCAUGGUACUGUGGGGACGUCUGAUGUAACGGCCUAGUCAAAGUCCAGACCUCAGAAAGUUCUAGAAGCUUCUGGAUGGUGGAUUUAAGUAGAAAACAUUGAACAAUAAGUUCUGUUUUAUUCUGAAACGCAGCACCACUGAUGAAGAGUCAGUUCCCGUCGCUGGACGGUUUGCAGCUGCUGCAUGUUUUAUUAAUCGCCCACAGAUGAGACCGGACCCCUGAAAGCUCUUCAGAUGAGUCAGAACCAGAUGCCGCUUCGUCAAAAGCUCCUAAAUGUUUGCAGAAGAGCCGUAAAUAAGACGUCAGUUUCUGCGGCGCGUCGUAAAUAAAGUGAUGCGAGUUUAAAUAAACGUGAAGCUUCGAGUUCAGCAGGAGGAAGCUGGAAGGACAAAGAUCACUUCUGCUGGGGCUGAAAGAGGAAGACUUCAGCUGCAGGUCACACACACACACACACACACCGUUUCCCUUUUAUCAGCAGGGUUCAGUGUGAUGUUGAGCAGCAGCAUCAGUCUCGCCACCGCAGCAUCACAAACAUCAGCCCUACUUCUGUUCGCCGCAGAAAGUGAAACAAGAUGAACGUCUCCAAUGACUCCACUCCUCCACCCUAUGAAUAUUAUGAGAACUACCCUGAUUAUGAACCGUGUUCUUUCAGUAACAAUAACAGUGUGAACAUUGUGGUUGGUCCUUACAUUCACUCCAUCAUCUGCAUCCUGGGCUUGGUGGGGAACAGCCUGGUCAUCCUCACCUAUGCCCUCUACAAGAGAACCAAAUCCAUGACYGACGUCUACCUGCUCAAUGUGGCCAUCGCUGACCUGCUGUUCGUGCUGGCUCUACCUUUCAUCGUCUACAACGAGCUGUACUCUUGGCCCAUGGGGCAGGUGGCCUGUAAGCUGCUGCGUGGUUCCUACAGCGUCAACCUGUACAGCGGCAUGCUAAUGUUAGCCUGCAUCAGCACCGACCGCUACAUCGCCAUCGUCCAGGCUCGCCGGAGCUUCAGGUUACGCUCGCUGUCRAACAGUCGCAUCAUCUGUGCCCUGAUCUGGAUCUUUGCCUUAAUGGUGUCUGUUCCCACUUUCCACUUCUACCAUUGGUACGAACCAUCACAUAAUGACAUCAUYUGGUUCAACGGCACCGAAGAGGAAGAGACGACAGAUCCACAGUACGUCUGUGAGUGGAAAUUUGAUGACAGCACCACUGCUAGCAGAGUGAAGGUUGSUGUUCCCAGCACCCAACUGGCCAUUGGCUUCUUCCUGCCGCUGCUCAUCRUGAUCUUCUGCUACACCGCAGUCAUCAUCACCCUGCRGAAAGCYAAAARCUWCMAGCGACACAARGCGGUCCGAGUGGUGAUGGUGGUGGUGCUGGUCUUCAUCGCCUGCCACUUGCCUUACAACUUGGCCCUGUUGUAUAAGACUGUCCGUUUGUUCGAAUACACUGAAUGUGACGAGCAGGACUCCCUGGACACAGCGAUGUCUGUGCUGCAGACCGUCGCCUACCUGCACUGCUGCCUGAACCCGGUGCUGUACGCCUUUAUCGGAGUGAAGUUCAGGAACCACUUCAGGAGGAUCUUCCGUGACCUGUGGUGUUUGGGUAAGAGGUACAUCGCCCCGCGCCGCUCAUCCAGGGUCAACUCAGAUACCUUCAUGUCCACUAUUCGUCGCUCGGUGGAUUCAUCCAGUGAAAACGGCACAUCUUUUACCAUGUGAUCAGAUUGAGACCUGCAGGUCUCUAAAAUUCAAACUUGACUUUUUUGUUUUUUACUCUAAAGCAAAUUUAGCAGCAAUGUGAUGAAUUUAGACAGAGAAAACAGAAUGUGACAAACUCCUUAGGUUUGUUGUGUUGAUUGUUGCUCUGCUGCCAUUAGAAUCUUGUCUGCUGACAAUAUUGUGUUCCAUACUAGGCAUAAUGAUGUCUAAUGGUAAAACAGAUCAAAUUUCAUUGGAAAGAAGCAGAAAAGUCAAGUUUUUCUUCUGUCUCAAUGAGUUUGGUUAAAAACAGUGAUUACUGAUGUCUGUUCAUGGUUCAUUCUUAGAUCAGCUGGAUGCACCAACCUUAAGUCUCAAUGUCUCCAUUUAGGAUAAAUUUGGACAAGACAUAAAACAUUUUCCCUGGUUUUCCAGUGUUUAGAGACAAUGAUUUGACUGAGAAGUGUCUACUGCCUUGGAAAUGCUACAGCUUUUAUGUGACAUAUAGCUUAUUGGAAAACCAAUGAAUAAGUAAUAACAUGCUGGUUGCUUUAGUUUUCACACCCUUAAACUAAUACUUUGUUCAAGCACCUAUAGGUUAAAGUUCAACAUUUCAGUAGAAGUUUAUCUGCACCUUGACUUAUCUGUUAAAAAAGUCAAAUCUUUUUAUCUGUGAGGACAUCCACUGCCCUUCUGGAUGACCCCAGAAAUUUAGUUCUGGAUUUUGACUAGAACUGGAGUCUGUAACCUUUGGGUGCAUUCACACUGCAGACUGAAAUGACCCAAUUCCAAUUUUUUGUUGUUGUCAAAUCGGAUUUUUUUAUUUUUUUUUGCCAGCACCGUUCACACUUCCAGUAAAUUCAACCUGCAGUGUAAACGGGCAAACGACCUGAAAGUGUCCCGCAUGCGCAGUAGAGGGCGCUAUAGCGUCAGCGUUCU